GAGGGCGGCUGCCACAGAUAUAAAGGGGGCGGCGGAGGCGAGCGGACCCGCACAGCCCCCGUCGCCGCCAUGCUGACCGCAGACGAGAAACAGCUGAUCCUACAGGCCUGGAAGAAGGUGCUGGGCCACCAGGAGGACUUUGGGGCCGAGGCCGUGGACAGGAUGUUCACCGUCUACCCACAGACCAAGACCUACUUCCCCCACUUCAACCUGCACCAUGACUCGAAUCAUAUCCGCCACCACGGGAAGAAGGUGGUGAACGCCCUGGGAAACGCCGUAAGGCACCUGGACAACCUCAGCGAGGAGCUCUCCGAGCUCAGCAACCUGCAUGCCUACAACCUGCGGGUGGACCCGGUCAACUUCAAGCUGCUGUCCCACUGCUUCCAGGUGGUGCUGGCCGUGCACCUGGGAGAGGAGUACACCCCGCAGGUGCACCUCGCUUAUGACAAGUUCCUGGCCGCCGUCUCUGCGGUGCUGGCCGAGAAGUACCGGUGAGCCGCUGGCUCUCGCGGCUCUGGCGGGUUAGCCACGCGCCCUGCAGUGCUCUGACCCAAUAAAGAUGCCAACCCCGCA